AUGGGUCCAAGCCGCCAGCAGUGUGACAAGGGACUUAAGCGCCAGUGGCAUGUGCUGAACGCAGCACACCAGGCCUCCCAGCGUCAAAAUCUCUCAGCUGCACGUCAACAAGCCAUGCAUGCACCACAAGAGACCUCUGGCGACCACAAGCUGCACAAACACAUAUCCCAUACUAUCACAGGACCUGGACGUGUUGCCAUGCGCACAGAGUAUUUUGUAGGCCCAAUGACGACGCCAAAUGUUCCUGCAGUAGCCCCCGGCUCACCACUCAACGAUAAUGGACACAAUGAAUUCAAUGUUGUUGAUGCUGCUUACAUAGAUUAUCUCGCAGAAACCGACAAGGGACCUAAAAAGCAUAAACGCACAGCAGGGCACUGGAAUAAUGGCUAUUUUGCCCAUACGACACUCAAAGUCCUUGGACUACGUGUCCAGCUUGGACAUCCCAGCGGGGAGUGUUGCUAUAACUCAUCCACAGCAUUUUACGACGACUUUGUAGUGCUCAAUAUCAACGGUGUGCAUGAGAUUGCCCUCGACUUCUGUGCAUGUGAAAUUGCACAAUCUCCCAUUGUUCAGUUGUUGCAUACAUGGUGGUACCCUUCUACAACUGUUGAUCCAAGGAGUGCCACUACUUUCCGUCUUCUACACCACUUUCAUAUUCUCUCCUUUGAGUCCAAGGCAUCCACCUUCGAAUAUUGGCAGACAUUGGCUCGUCUCACCGAUAACGCAGGAGAUCGUUAUGAGGCGUUGCUGAGAAUGAUAAAGCAGUGGCGCAGCAUCACUCUCCUUAAACGAUCAGGUUAUGGACAUGACCCUGCUGGUGUUUGCGCUGCUACACCAGGUGCCUGCACAGUGUUGUGUCCUGCAUGUCCCCAGCCAGGAAAGAACAUGCUGGAUGACUGGGAAAAGGCCCUGCCUGAAGUUCAUUGGAAAUAUGCCCUUUUCCUGGCAAUUGACGCAAACUUCCGUUUGGCAAGGAAAAAUGUAUCCUCUGACGAAGUCGACCCUGGUCUGAGUUGGGGGUUGUCAUACUUUGUUGAAGAACACGAAUUUAAAUCAUUUCUGAAUGAAGCAGGAAGACUGCCUCAAGAGAAAAGCAUGUACGCUCGUCACAGUGCUGUGAAUCUUGCAGACACGAAAAAUGCACGAGGUUUGGCGGCCACAGGUGUAGGUACAGUGGACUGUGCUCGUCACAAUCUCAAACGACCAUGUGCAGUUGGCGACCUCCAGAAGGGCGAAAGAUACAUUAAUAUGGACUAUCUGCUCUUCUCAACAUUGCAACAGACUCGCGACAUCAUGGUUCUCAACAUAUCAUAUGAUAUCACUUGUCAAUGGAGUAAGAACCUCUGGGACCGCAUGUCAAGAUAUCCCUCUGCAAUUCAUCUUGACCUCAGCAACAAGACUAUUGUAUUCCUCAUCCCCAAGUUUCACCUUCCUGCUCACAUUGCUGCUUGCCAAAUUACAUUCUCGUAUAACCUGAUUGAGGGCAUUUGUUAA